GUAAAUACCAAUUAAUUUUGAAUAUAUUAAAUCUUCAUACAAAUCUCUAUACAUACAAAAUAUAUAAAAUGAAUCAAUUUUAUCGUUGCUAUGUAAUGAGUGUAAUGUAUAACGAGAAUAUUGUCCGGAAACAAUGAGAAUAAUUUUAUUAUUAUUUUCUAUCUUAUCAAUUGUGUUCAUCAAUUCAUCGAAUGUCGAACAUAUCAGAAAAUGAACAUGCAAAUGCUUUAAUUCAUUUUGUAUUUUUAUAUCAAUAUUAUUAUCAAACCAUAUCAAAAAUACAUUUUGAUCUUGAUUUAAUGUAAUUAUUGUUUUUGUCAUUUCAAUGUCAGAUUCAUUUAGUUGUCGCAAUGAUUUUAUCCGUUGUCCUAGCCAAAUGAAAUCUGUAGGAGAAAAACAAUAAUUGCCAAAAUGUAAAAAUCGAAUUAAACGUAAAAAAAUACAUUUCAUUGAUUGAUCAUUGUAAGAAGAAUAGAUAAAUAAACAAAGUCGGUUGAAUAUGGGUUCAAAUAAAUUUUUUCUACUGCUAGCCAUUUCACGUUUCGGCUACUAGAAAAGCAUGACUUGCCAGUGUAUAAGAAGCUCUAUUUGAUUUAGGUGCAGUAUUUCAAGUUACAAAUGUUUUACCGGAAAAUGAUAAAUGGAUUGUGUCACUGACAGCAGUUGAUGAUGUUGAAUAUUUAAGUCAUAAUCAAUUUUUUAAAAGAUUAAGAACAAUUUUGAAACGAAUCUGUGGAAUGGGUAGCGAGAUGACAAGUUUACAAUUUGAUUUAGCACUUGAAUAUGCAUUCCAAGCUAAUGAUAUUAUCAAAGUUAUUACAGAUUCAAAUACGACUUUGACUUUCAUCAUCGAAUUAAUCGGAGAUAUUUAUAUGAAUAAAAAACAAUUUGAUCUUGCAUUGGAAUAUUAUGUAAAAGCAAUUAAAUAUGUUGAUGCAAAUGAACUUUUCUUAAUAGCUCAAUAUCAUUUUGAUAUUGGACGAAUUUAUUUUUUGCAAAAUAAUUUAGAAUUUUCUCUUAAACAUUGUUUACAAUCAUUAGAAAUAUUAGAUGAAAUGUUUCCAUUAAUAUCGAUUGAUCAUCUACAUCAAUUUUUAAGUAAAAUUUAUUUUCAAAUAUCAAAUUAUCCUAUGGCAAUUAAACACGCAGAAAAAGCUUUAGCAAUAGAUAAAGAAAUGUAUUCUGUUCAAGAUAAACGUAAUACAGAUACUUAUAUUCUACUUGGUGAUAUUUAUUUUUCCACGAAACAAUACGAUUUAUCUAUUGAAUAUUUAACAAAAGGCGUAGAAUUUUUGAUUUAUAAGAAAUCAAAAUAUUAUAACCAGAUUUCUACAUCUUAUAUUACCAUUGCAAGUUGUUAUUUUAGAAAGAAAAUUUAUGAUAAAGCAUGCAGAUAUUUUAUAAAAGCGUUAAUAACAAAGGAACUACAUCUAGAUGAUGUUGAUAAUAUGGAAGAAAUGAAUUUUAUUAUUGGACAAUUAAACUUUUGUAUUGCCGAAUGUUAUUCUGAAAUGAAUAAGUGCGAUUUGGCUAUCAGUUAUUAUAAAGAAUCAUUGAAAUUCGAUGAAAAAUAUUCAUUUUCUAAAGAGAAUAAAUUGUUGGAAACGAUUGGAAUGUACGAAAAUAAUCUUUGGAAAAGGGAUAUUUCAUUGUUAUCAUUGGAAGCAACGACGACAGAUCAGAAAGUAGUGUCAACAAGUGCACAGUUCAUUUUAGAUACUUUACAUUUAGAUUUGCGAAUAGGAUUAUUAUAUAUGAAAAUGUGCUGUUUUAAAUUGGCCGUGGAAUAUUUGACAAAAGCAGUAUCAUUAUUAUCCAAUGAAAAAAUACAUGAAAAUAUGAAGUUAAAUGAUAAAAUUUACAUCUUCCAAUUAU